AAGGAGCUUUGGGACAACAGGGGAAAGUAGGAUUGUGAGUUUGUCUGUGUGAACACAUGAAAAAAGUGGAAAGAAGAUAGGUGGAUCAAAGAGACAUGGCAAGGAUUGAAGUAGGAUGUGGAGCAACAAAAGAUCGGCUUUGUCACAGCUGACUUGGACACAAACGGGAAGAGAGGAACAACCAAGUAGAGGUGCAAAGAAGACCAAAGACUUGCCUGAACAAGACGGGCUAAUACCUUAGGUGGCAUGCUCUCAUUCACCCAAGGAGAGAGAGAAACACUGAGUCAAACCAGACAGAGAGAGAGACAGACAUACAGGAAGAGCGAGGGGGAGGAGUAGGAGGACGGAGUGAAGUAACAGAAAACAUAAGAAGGCAAAAGAUUAACACUCUUGAGAGAGUGUGUGUGAGGUUGAGCAAGGGAGAACGAGCCAAAGAAGGGGGGGGGGUGACAGAAAGUAGAAAAUGGGUGAGUGUUGUUGAGCCAGCUAAAGCAGAGAGGAAGACAGAAAGUGAGGGGCCUAGCGGGUGAAGUUAGCAGGAAGGGAGAGGUAUGAGGGGACAGCUCUUGAAGACAUUCUUCUCUUUGGUGAUCACUCUCUUCUGUUUGGGGAGCCUGCUGACCACUUUCAUUUGGUACAUGGUCGACAACAAUAAUGUUGAACCUCAGAGGCUGCCUCCUCAAAAGAAAAGUGCCCCCCAGCCCUUUGAACUUUGUAAAGGCUGCAGGGAGGUCAUCAACAAAGUAAUAGAGCGUUACUCCAAACCCUGGAAGAAGCAAGAGGACAAUUACCAAAAGUUCAGAUCUCAGCUGAGCAGCAAGUGCCAUGGUUUUGACAAGGCCAUCAUUACCCAGGCCAACACUCCAGUUGGAUCAAAGCUUGUGUAUGACGGAGAAAAGAAGAGGACCCUCCAGGUCACCCCAGAGAUUUUCAGUACUUUUGCAAAGGAGCAUCCGUUCCCAAAUAAAACAUGGGACACGUGUGCUGUUGUUGGGAACGGAGGGAUCCUGACCAACAGCAGCUGUGGAAAGAUGAUUGAUUCCGCUCAAUUUGUUAUCAGGUGCAACCUACCUCCUUUGGAAAAAAGCUAUGAGAAACAUGUGGGCAUCAAGACAGACCUUGUGACAGCAAACCCAAGCAUCUUCAUAGAGAAGUAUGGGGCUCUAAUGGGACGUCGUCGUCCAUUCGUGGAGAGUCUGCGUAGCUACGGCAACUCCUUGCUGCUCCUUCCCGCCUUCUCCUACGGCCACAACACUCCUUUGUGCAUGCGGGCCGUCUACAGCAUUGAGGACUUUGAAAGCCCCACCAGGCCCAUCUUUUUUAACCCUGAGUACCUCCAGAGUCUGGCCCUCUUCUGGCGCUCCCAAGGCCUACGAGCAGUACGGCUCAGCACCGGCAUAAUCAUGGCCAGCCUGGCGCUGGAACACUGUGCCAACGUGCAUCUGUACGGGUUCUGGCCCUUCAGUAAUCACCCAGAUGGACUCUAUGCCCUGACUAACCACUACUACGAUGACAGACAAACUAAAACAAAAUUCCACGCCAUGCCGGCUGAGUUUGACCUCUUGUUGCGGCUGCACAGUCAGGGGGUGCUCAGGCUUCACCUGGGAGAUUGUUAACCAGCUGAAAAGUAGUUCCCAGACCCAGGGGCAUCUGACAGCAUAGAAGCAAAGUGCCUUGUUUGUAGCCCAGUCGCUCGUGAAGUCCUUCAUAUACUUUUGAAUGAAUGGACAGAUACACUUUGGCUGAUGACACAGAUUAAAUGUGUCCAAGCAAGGUGAACGUUUGGACUUGGAUUGAAUGCUGAGUUGGCCCAUCAGCAGCCAAGACAUUUGCACUGAAAUCAAGAUGCAACAAUCAUAAGGCUUACAGUGUAUCUAAAAUUUUAUUUAUUUUGUUUCAGCUGGAGCCUGGAUGCAGAUAUUUUGAUUUCUAAGGGAAUCCUUUGUACAAGUCGAAAAUAUAGUACCUUGUUUUGGAUCAAACUGAAUGUAUUUUGAAGAAAAUCAAAUACCUCCUUUACAUGAACAUUGUCUGGCUAAACACUUUAACGUUUAAUGAAAACUGCCACACUCUGAAUGUAAAGAAUCUUUUGAUAUUUGUUGGCAACUCUCAUGUGGAAAUGUAUGAUCAGACAAUUGUUAUAAAAAGACACGAGGUAAGCCUCAGAUCUCAGAGUGCCUGCAGGUGUUGUGUCCCAGUAGCCUCAACUACAAAUCAUCAUUGCUUCCCUCUGCUGGUUGUGGUCAACAGAUGACCCUAUUAAGUAAAACUCGGAGCCAGGGACUAAACAGAGACACCACAGAAAGAAACAAGAAUAAUAACUCUACUAAACACGGGAGGUCCCUCCUCACAAAGGUUGCUAUGGUGAAUCUGUGUUACAAUGUGCUACCCCUCGUCACCACAGUGACCAGAGGUGGAUAUGUACUAUAAGUGGAAACAUUUACAUAUUGGUACAAUGUUAGGUUGGAAACAAGUACUUUUUAAGUUGAUGUAAAUGCUAAAUCAAUGACUGACUCCAAUGUAAGGUGAUGUAAGGAUUGUGAAUUAAGCACUUUGAUUGAAAAUUGUAACCUUUGGGUAAGAAGUAACAGUUGCAUCAAGACUUGUACAACUGGGAGUAAUGCCUUACAUGCUGAUACUUAUAAAGUCUUAACCGUAAUUUUUUUGUCAUCCAGAACAAUAAUGUACAAGCUGUAGAUGACCAAACUUGAGAAAUCUUUGUGAGCCAGUUUUAGAAUCAUGUGAUUUUGUUUUUGUUUAGUGAACAGCAUGAGGUAAGAGGGACAAUGAAGGUAAAGUGAAUCAGUGAAUAAAUAUUUAACACAAAC